AUGGAUGGCAAACGGAGGAGAUCAGCUAGGGGUGGUGAGGUACAGAGAAAAAACGAGAGAGAGAAAGGAAGAACAGAGGCGAACAGGCGAGAGGAAGGAGACGCCGUGCGGGGCCUUAUCCGCUACUUUUCGGUCGAUGGGAGGCCGAAAAGGCUCUUCGGCCGCUGCCUGGCCGAAAAGGCCCACUUCGGUCGCCGCGAGGCCGAAGUUACUAUUUUUGGCCCGGCCUCCACCGACGCCAGGUUUUCGGCCCAGCUACGCGUGUCUUCGGUCAACCGCGGGCCGAAAAGCCCACUUCGGCCAAUCGAUAUUUCCGCCACCACUUUCCACCCCUAUCCCGGCCGGAGACAAAAGUUGCCCCGCACCAACGGCUUCCAUCGCGCCGCCGUCUCCGCCUCCCACUGCCGCCGCGCGCCGUCCCCGCCUCCCGCGGCCGCCACGCGCCGUCCCAUCCUACCUCGGCCGCCGCGCGCCGUCCCUACCUCCCACCUCCCGGCGACCCGCGGCAGCCCCGCCUCCCACCUCCCGGCGACGAGCCGCGCCCUCGCCUCCCACCUCCCGACGACGAGCCGCGGCCCCGCCUCCCAUCUCCCCCCCGACGAGCCGUCCCCCCGCCUCCCAUCUCCCAGUGAUGAGCCACGCCCCGCCUCCCCCCUCCGGCCGAUGAGCCAGGCUCCGGCCUCACAACUCCUGCCGUCACGCCGCGCCCCUGCCUCACAACUCCCGCCGUCACGCUGCGCGCUGACCUGCCGCCGCAGCAACCGCCACGAACAAGAAGCCAUUGUCACCCCAUCCCCAGUCUCCACAGCCACCAGCCGCUGUCGCGCUCGACCUCCAACCACCGCCUCCACGCCCGUCAGCCGCCGUUGUGAACCACCUCCAGUUGCGGCCUCCAAGUGCGGCGACCUCCCAGCCCCAAGGUUUGGGACUGGAUCUUCUAAUGAAAGCAUGAGUAGAAGAAGAAGUCCAGGAGGGAGAGAUGGAGAUGUGUGUAUGUAUACAUGUGUUCUGGAGAUAGGAGAACUUAUCUGGUGGUGUGUGCGUGCUGCUGCUGCAUCCUCUUCCGGCCGCUCUAAUUCACACCCUCAUUCGGUUCAAUUUAUAAAUUUCAUUCAGUUCGGCGAGGUGGAGAUUGGGGCGCGGUGGAGUGUGGCCGUGUGUGUGGAGACGGCCCGCCGCAACGUCACCGGCUGGAUCCCGCUCUUUAGUGACGACCUGGACCUUCGUCUGCUUCUCGUUUCCAGCUGCAUCCAGGACGACCUGGACUUGCUGCCACUAGCUGUUGGUACAGAGGGAGUAGUUGUUACCUAGUGUGCUUGAUGCUACCGCUACAAAGAAGGUCGAAGGAGCUCCCUUCAGUUCAGUGGAUUCAACAAAAAAAUCCCUGCUGCCACUGCAUCCUGAGUUCAAGGGAUUCCUUAGGGGCCUUCUACACCAUCUUGCUAAUGAUGCCAUCGCUGGAUGCCACAGCCAUGCUUGUCGUUCUUGUGCUACCAUUCACAUACUGCUCCCUGUUUUACUCCGCUGAGAUCCAUAGAAAAUAAGUUAUAUUCAGUUCGCCACUUUUACAACGGAUGGUUCUAUGUUAACUGAAACAAUAGUUCAAGCUCCUAAAAAAGCAAUUACGUGUAUGCUACAUCACUUUGAGGAACUACAUCAAACAAAAUAAGGAGAGCUUGGUACUACUUGAUUUUUUUUAUAGUACUACUUAAACUCUUUCUGUUGUAUAUACUGGCUCGUAUUUAUUGUAACCUCGUCAGAUUGUUGGAA